GAGAGCGCGCGCUCGUUUGGUACCGCCGGAGCCGAGAGUGAGCGCGGGGCUGUUGGAAGUGAUGGAUCGCAGUGAGAUCUAUUACUCGGACCGAUACAACGACGGCGAGUACGAGUACCGCCACGUCAUGCUGCCGAAGAAGAUCGCAAAGAUGGUGCCGAAGUCUCACCUGAUGUCGGAGACGGAAUGGAGGAACCUGGGUGUCCAACAGAGCCCGGGCUGGAUACAUUACAUGAUCCAUGAGCCAGAGCCUCACAUCUUGCUGUUCAGGAGGCCGCUGCCAAAGAAGGAGCCUGAAGGAAUCUGACCCACCCCAAGCCCCACCCCUCCCUAACCUACCCGACACCCUCGAACCAGCAGCAAGUCUCCACAUUCCUCCCUGAAUCCACUGACCCCCCCCCCACCUCCACCCACUCCUUCGUCGCACUUUGUCGCCUCGUAUACUUGGAAGUGUUUGCUGCAAAAAUGGGAUUAUGGACAUUGUUUCCUCUGUGUUCUACUUCACCCUUGUGGAGGAACUGUUUGCGCAGGUAGCCUUCGAGUCUCACCAACCCAUCAUUCUGUUUCUAGUCGCGGGAACCAUGAACCACCCUUGUCCAUCAGAAUGUGAACCUGGUGUUCCUCCUAACAGGCAGGCUGCUGGCUGUAGUUUGGUGGGGACAGCACUGUCAUAAUCAACUCCUAACCCACCACGUUCCUUCACUUUCUCCCACGUCCCUUCUCCCUUUCGCCGUGUCAGCUGUGUUCAAGAUGCUCCCUGUAAUGUCUUCACAAAGAUCUCCCUUCAUCUGUCAGAGCUUUUGGAACAGUGCAGAUCGAGAUGGAGAGGUUAGAAAGGUGGGUGGGUGACAGUCAACUGGAGGCACCUCGCUUCAGUCCUCGCCCUUUGACAUUGACCGCAGGGCUUCUCCAAGACCUUUGGCCACAUGCGUUUGGACGUGUGGCUGUGCUUGCUCAGGCUGGGCGGCAUCUGUGGUACCAGAAUCAUUUCAGGCUGCUGAUGCUUCUGAAGGGCGGGUGGGGGGGGUGGUGCAAGUGGUUUGAAGUAGAGCAAGGAAGGGAAAAGGGCGGGGGAUCCAAGAUUGGAGAUGGAUUGGGCAGAAGGGUAGAGUUGAUGUUUGAGGUUAAUUGUCUUGAUUUUUGUUUUUGGGUGGGGGGCAAGAAGAGAAGGGGUGGCAGAUAUCAACGGUAACUCCAUUCCUCCCUCCAUAGCUGCUGCCUGACCUACUGCCUGUUUCCAUAGUUUUCUGGCUGUGUUUUCGGGUUUUCCAGCGACUGCCUUGCGUUGUUUUCCUGCUGUGAUGGGCUGGUUGGUGGGGGAUGGGGGUCUGGAAUGGAGAGGGAGAAAGAAGUAGACCCCAAAACACUGCUCGUCGCAUCGCGCUUCGGAAGCCUCGUGCGUGCAUCUCGUAACCAACAGUCUUGUUGUUAUAUCCUGCAAUGUUCUCACUGUUUGGAUCAGGAUGUUCUGGUGCGGCAGCAUUCACUGUCCGGGCAAGCAGAGCUGGAGCAGUGUGACCCUGUCCCUUGGACCUGGGCUUCAGAAAGUCCCAAAGCCAAGCAGGCUGCUCCUCUGUCUAUUCCCCUCCACUACUGGGUGGGGAAGAGCAUCGGGGGCGGGGGGGAAUGCUGGAAGAUCAGCUGCAGUGAUAAAUGGGGAAUGACACUAAGAGAAACGUACUGUGGCCCGCACAAUCUCUGCACCAGUGCCAAAGGCAAUGGAGGAAGAUGCAAACAGGAGAGAUUUAAAAUAAUUUUCAAAUACUCCUCAUGGGAAAACUGUGAAACCCUCCCUAACAUAAACACAAGAAAUUCUGCAGAGGCUGGAAAUCCGGAGUAACACACACGAAAUACUGGAGGAACUCAGCAGGUCAGUCAGCGUCCAGAAAGAGGAAUAACCAGUCGAGGUGUCGGGCUGCAACCCUUUAUCAGGAUUGGAAAGGAAGGGGGGUGUGGAGGGGAAGGAGUACAAGCUGGCGGUGGCUACUCGAGACCAGGUGAAGGGGGAGGUGCCGAGGAUGAAGUUAGAAGCUGGAGAGUGAUAGAUAGAAGAGGUAAAGGGGUGAAGAAGGAAUCUGAUGGGAGAGAAGAGUGGGCUACAGGAGGAGGGGCACCAGAGGGAGGUGAGGAGAGGAGAAAAGGGGUGGGUUGUGAAACAGAAUGGGGAAUAGAAAAAGAAGGGAGAGGGGAAGAAAUUACCGGUAACCAGAAAGACCAUCCCUAUAAGAGUAACAGAUGGUAUUACAGUGCUUAGCUAAUGGAGCCAGAGGCCAUGGGCAGAGAGGGAAGAUUAUUAAAGUGGCCAGGAUCUCAUGGGUCUCCGUAGCAGGCCACGUUUCCCAGCGUAUGCUUGAUCCUCUUGGUCACAGCCUUCUCUCGGCACCACAGCCACCCAGAUUGGAAGGCGUGAUGCUAGGUGGCUGAUCCAUUUGGAAGGGGUGUGUGCGGGGAAGGCCACCUCUCCGUUCUCGGCGGGCGAGUUGAGCUGGCAGCAGGUGUAUUUUGCACGGGCUUUGCUGAAGGUGCAGUGUCUGUGUGUGUGUGUGUGUAUUUGUGAGACGGAAACCCCUUUAUCCUACAGCUUGAUGGGAUCCCUGUGUCAACCUUCCCUUAGAGGACCGGGAGGAAUGAGGGAACCGGUAGCUGCUUAGCCAGGAGGCAAAGCAUACUGGGGAUUGAACAGUUUGCGCUUAGAUCAAAUUUCUCUUGAAGAACGCGGGGCAGAGAGGUUCCCCGAGUUACUUCCACGCAACCUGUGGCUCACUGUCUCUUGCUCAUCAACAAACCCCAGACGGGCCGUUUAUCCCCUCGUCUCUGGAAAGGAUUGACACCCUGAAGGACUGUUUCCGAACCUCAGUGCUGCUAUAACCUGCGCAGCCAGUUCAAUCCGCUCUCGUAACCCUGUGGUCUGUUCGCUGGGUGCCAAUGGCUCUGUGGGGCUUCGAAUGUUGUUACAUCAUCUUCGUGCUGCCAGUUUAUUGAGUCUUGUUGAUGAAUGGUUGUGCUCAGAUGUCUGUCUUACAUGUAGAGAAAUACUUCAUUUUGUUAGACUCCAUUAUCUGUAGCACGUUCAUGCAUAUUGAUCAUGUAAACCUUUCUGGCAUGUUUAUUACAGUUUGUACUUGAUUUUAAUACACUUUUUUUAAUAUUAUCCAUAAUGCCUGUGUACUGUUUCUUGUGUAAUCAUCAGUGAAAAUAUCUACUUGGUUCUCAUCUCACACAUGAACACUCAGGGUCCCAAACAGUCCUUUCAUGUGAGACAACACUUCACCUGCCAGUCUGUUGGGGUGUCAUCUAUUGUAUGUACUGCUCUACAUCAGUGAGACCCAAUGUAGGUUGGGAACCACUUUGUCCAGCAUUUUUGCUCCAUCCGCUGCAAGAGGCAGGAACUCCCAGUGGCCGCCGUUUCAAUUCAACUUCCCGUUCCCAUUCUGACGUGCCAGACCAUGGCCUCCUCUGCCGCUCUGAUGAGGCCACACUCCGGUUGGAGGAGCAACACCUCCUAUUCUGUCCUGAGUUUGCCUCUAACCUGAUGGCAUGAACAUUGAUUCCUCUAAAUUGUCAUAAUUCCUCCCUCCUCUCACCUUUCUAUUCCCCAUUCUGGUUCCCUUCUCACCCCUCUGAUACUUUUCCUCCCUUCCCUUUCUGUCAACUGUCCCCUCCUGUUAGAUCCCUUCUUCACCCCUUUACCUCUUACCCCUAUCACCUGCCAGUAUCUUUCUUCAUUCCACUCCUCUCCUCCACCCAUACACCUCCCUCACCUGAUUACACCUAUCACCAGCCAGCUCGUAUCCCUUCCACCACCACCCCCCUCCCCAAACACACAGCACAUUGAGCUACAUUUUCUGAGGAGAAACACAGAUGUGAAAAAGCUUCAUCCGGAGGUCACUGGGACCAGAGGUCUUGAUUUAUAGUGAGAGAUGGGAUGGGCUACAACUGUUUCCCUGGCUGGGAGGUUCAGAAGCAACGCACACAAAGAACACUGAGGCUGUCUACAAGAAGGGUCAGAGCCGUCUCUAUUCCCUGAGGAGACUGAGGUCCUUUAACAUCUGCUGGACGAUGCUGAGGAUGUUCUACGAGUCUGUGGUGGCCAGUGCGAUCAUGUUUGCUGUUGUGUGCUGGGGCAGCAGGCUGAGGGUAGCAGACACCAACAGAAUCAACAAACUCAUUCUUGAGGCCAGUGAUGUUUUGGGGAUGGAACUGGACUCUCUGACGGUGGUGUCUGAAAAGAGGAUGCUGUCUAAGUUGCAUGCCAUCUUGGUCAAUGUCUCCCAUCCACUACAUAAUGGACUGGUUGGGCACAGGAGUACAUUCAGCCAGAGACUCAUUCCACCGGGAUGCAACACAGAGCGUCAUAGGAAGUCAUUCCUGCCUGUGGCCAUCAAACUUUACAACUCCUCCCUUGGAGGGUCAGACACCCUGAGCCAAUAGGCUGGUUCUGGACUUAUUUCCUGGCAUAAUUUACAUAUUACUAUUUACUAUUUAUGGUUUUAUUACUAUUUAAUUAUUUAUGGUGCAACUGUAACAAAAACCAAUUUCCCCAGCAUCAAUAAGGUAUGAUUAUGACACAAAAAUGCUGGGGGAAGUCAGCAAAUCGGCCAGGGUCUAUGGAGGGAAUAAAACAGUCAAUGUUUCUGGUCAGGAAGGGGCAGAAGCCAAAAUAAGAAGGUGGGGGUUGAAGGAGUACAAGCAGGUGAGCGGGGGGAGAGUGGGGAUAGGCAGAAGAGGGAGAGGGCAGUGGACUGUGGAAGGAGGAGGGGAACCAGUGGGAGGUGAUGGGCAGACAAGGGUUAAAGUGGAACUGGAAUGGGGAAUUGAAAAUAA